GAGCGCGGGAGCCCGCGUACAGGAGACGCUGCGGACGGCGCGGUUCCCGGAGCGGCGGCAUGGCCAGCGCCGAGUCCCGGCCGGACCCGUCCCAGCUGCAGGCCCUGCGCGAUGCGGCGAACCGCCUGCGGGUGCGCUCGCUGCGGGCCACGUGCGCUGCGGGCUCGGGCCACCCCACGUCCUGCUGCAGCGCUGCCGAGAUCGUGGCGGUGCUGUUCUUCCAGGCCAUGCGCUACCGGGCCACCCAGCCGGCACACCCCAGCAAUGACCGCUUUGUCCUCUCCAAGGGCCAUGCUGCCCCCUUGCUCUACGCCGUCUGGGCCGAGGCUGGCUUCCUCAAGGAGCCAGAGCUGCUGAAUCUGCGCAAGAUCGACUGUGACCUGGAGGGACACCCCACCCCGAGGCUGCCCUUUGUGGACGUGGCCACGGGCUCACUGGGGCAGGGCCUGGGCGCGGCCUGCGGGAUGGCCUACGCAGGCAAGUACUUCGACAAGGCCAGCUAUCGGGUGUUCUGCCUGCUGGGUGACGGGGAGGUGUCGGAGGGCUCCGUCUGGGAGGCUCUGGCCUUCGGCUCCCACUACCAGCUUGACAACCUGGUGGCCAUCGUGGAUGUCAACCGACUGGGCCAGAGUGAGGCGGCACCGCUGUGCCACGACGUGGACAUGUACCGCCGCCGCUGCGAGGCCUUCGGGUGGAAUACCUACGUGGUGGACGGCCAUGCCGUGGAGGAGCUGGAUGAGGCCCUGUGGCAGGCGGCCCAGGUGAAGGGGAAGCCCACGGCUAUCGUGGCCAAGACCUACAAGGGACGGGGCAUCCCUGGUGUGGAGGAUGCGGAGAACUGGCACGGCAAGCCCAUGCCCAAGGACAAGGUGGAGUCCAUCAUCGGUGCCAUCCAGAGCCGGAUCCAGACCCACGAGGUGCUGGUGCCGCAGCCACCCAUUGAGGACGUCCCACAGAUCAGCAUCACCAGCAUCUGCAUGCCCUCGCCGCCGGAAUACACCAUUGGGGACAAGGUGGCCACGCGGAAGGCCUACGGCGUGGCCCUGGCAAAACUGGGUGGUGCCAACGAGCGUGUGGUGGCCUUGGAUGGUGACACCAAGAACUCCACCUUCUCCGAGCUGUUCAAGCAGGUGCACCCCGAGCGCUACAUCGAGUGCUACAUUGCCGAGCAGAACAUGGUCAGCGUGGCUCUGGGCUGCGCCGCCAGGGACCGGGCCGUGGUCUUCGCCAGCACCUUCGCUGCUUUCUUCACCCGGGCCUUCGACCACAUCCGCAUGGGUGCCAUCUCCCGGACCAACCUCAACCUGUGUGGCUCCCACUGUGGGGUCUCCAUCGGGGAGGACGGCCCCUCGCAGAUGGCCCUGGAGGACAUAGCCAUGUUCCGAGCCAUUCCCGGCUGCACUGUCUUCUACCCCAGCGACGCCGUCUCUACUGAACGCGCUGUCUGCUUGGCUGCCAACACGAAGGGCAUCUGCUUCAUCCGGACCAGCCGCCCAGAGACCCCAAUUGUCUACCCACCGGAGGAGAAGUUCGAGAUCGGCCAGGCCAAGGUUGUGCGUAACAGCGACGCUGACAGGGUCACGGUGAUCGGAGCCGGGGUCACGCUGCAUGAGGCCCUGGCUGCUGCUGACGAGCUCGCAAAGCAAGGCACCUGCAUCCGUGUCAUCGACCCCUUCACCAUCAAGCCCUUGGAUGCAGCCACCAUAAUUGCCAGUGCCAGGGCUACUGGAGGGCGCAUCAUCACUGUGGAGGAUCAUUACAGAGAGGGUGGGCUCGGGGAAGCAGUGGCCGCGGCCGUGUCCGAGGAGCCUGACGUAGUGCUCCAAAGCUUGGCUGUGUCUGGUGUGCCCCGGAGUGGCAAACCGGCCGAACUCCUGGACCUGUUCGGGAUCAACUCCAAGAACAUCAUAGCAGCUGUGAAGAGCACCUUUGCCAACUAACGCUCCGUCCAUGUCUGGGGCAAGGAGAACCAGUUGCUUUUCUGUUCUCCACCCCCACCCCUGUUCUUUCUAUUAACUUCCUGCUCAAUGUGACCGAAACUGCUGCUAUCACGUCUCCGGGGCUUGUGAUCCCCCUCCUCCCCCCAGGGCUGGGACAUGACUCACCCACUUGCCCAAGUCCAGCUGGUUAUUUCUCUGCACCACUAGCAGGCUAACAUUCCCUCCGAUGGUUGAGCAACUUCCAGCCACUCCCCCGACGAGCUCCUGGGCUGUAGACGUUCCUUGCUAACCCAUGAGUAGCUUCAGCACUGCCUGCCAUGGCUCCCAUCAGCCACCAGGGCAGGGGUUCUACAGGGCAAGGCGAGGCUCCCUCUCCCCAUGGCCAGGGGGGCCUCUGUCCCUGGGGUAGAUAGUGGGGGGUAGGUGUUCACAGGCACUGCUAUGGACCAGUCGGUACUCGUCUUACCUGAAGCUGGGGCGGUGCCGGCUUCGUCCAAUAGCUGCGCUCUCCACUCUCGGGCGGUCCUGUCCCUGCUUCGCUCCUAGGGGAAGGAGACGCGUAUUAAUGCAGCAGCAUCACCGUGUCUUAAGCUGCUACCCCAACAUUCCUGGCGCGACCCAUUCCCCUGGCUCGGUCAGUGUUCAAAAUGACCAAACCCAUCUCUCUUACAGGGCCGGCUGCUGCCGCACCAACAGGGCGGCUUCCCUUCACCGGCACUUCCAAAUAAAAGGUUUAAACGG